GGCGCUGCGUGUGACGGAGCGUAGGGCACUAUGUCCGGCCGCGGGAAGCAGGGCGGGAAGGCGCGCGCCAAGGCCAAGUCGCGCUCGUCGCGGGCCGGGCUGCAGUUCCCCGUGGGCCGCGUGCACCGGCUGCUGCGCAAGGGCAACUACGCGGAGCGCGUGGGCGCCGGCGCGCCCGUSUACCUGGCGGCCGUGCUGGAGUACCUGACGGCCGAGAUCCUGGAGCUGGCGGGCAACGCGGCGCGCGACAACAAGAAGACGCGCAUCAUCCCGCGCCACCUGCAGCUGGCCAUCCGCAACGACGAGGAGCUYAACAAGCUGCUGGGCAAGGUGACGAUCGCGCAGGGCGGCGUGCUGCCCAACAUCCAGGCCGUGCUGCUGCCCAAGAAGACCGAGAGCCACAAGGCCAAGAGCAAGUAAAGAGGAGCAGAGGGAGCGUUUCCACGUCAAAAGCAACUCAAAGGCUCUUUUUAGAGCCACCCACCUUAUCAAAAAAGGAGCUGUAGAACUAAAAAAAAAGGUUUCAGUGUUAGAAAAUAGAUGGUGUUUCUGAUGUCUGACUUGUAAGUAAUAUCAGUGAGCUGUAAAAAUUUCAAAACCGACAGAAAAAUAUAUGUUAAUCUUUGG